AUGGAUAUUAACAAUAUUACCAAACGGUGCGAAUAUUGGGAUAACGGGUGCCGUCAAGUGGUUAAACAGAAAUAUCUUAAGGAGCACACAAACAACUGUUGCUAUAAACCGGCACAAUGUUCAGUGUGCCAUGGCAUCCAUAUAUCGGGGCGCGACUGUAUUGGAUCGUUGCGGGCCGAUAUCGGUUCACUAAAACUAGUUGACGAGGAAACUGGACAUGAUAAUACUGGUGUAAAUGCUGGUCAAUCAUUAGAACCAUGUGAAAUAUUAUACGAACACCAAAUUCUUGUCGAGUGUCGACGACACUUGACUGCACCGGAAAUGAUUGACAAUCAAAUGAACGCCAAUAUGACCGACAAAACACUGUCAAUAUUAAGGAAAAUGUUGAGAAAACAUAACACAUUAUUCGAUGUGUGUAAACAUGUGGCCGAUUACAUGGAGCUUGAGUUUGGAAAUAAUUGGCAUUGUAUUGCCUACAGGGAAACUGAUGGCGCCCACUGGAUCAUUCCCGAACAUGGUGGUUAUAUGUGUGUGGUGUUUACCCCCAUUAGGUUUUUAGUGUUUUACUCAAAGAGGUUUGAUUGGACGACACAUCAUAUACUAGCCGAGUGUAGGCGAUACCUGUCGGCACCGGUGGUGUUGGAAAACCAAUUGAGCGCCGAUAUGACCGACAAAACACUGUCGAUAUUGAGAAAAAUGUUGAGAAAACAUAACACACUAUUCAAUGUGUGUAAACAUGUGGUCUAUUAUAUGGACCUCGAGUACGGCAGUAGUUGGCACUGUUUGGUCGGUUAUGACGAAUACAAUGGAUGUUUAAUUAAAAUUCACCUCGGUCACGUUUACGUUGGGUUAUACAAAGCGGGUAAAGUAUUUUAUUGGGCAAAUUUUAAGGCCCGACUCGAGCAUAACAAAAUUGACCGCAAAUUAGACAUAUAUUAUACGGCUAUGAAUGAGUCAAUGAUAUCGGUUGUGACAGACAUUGUGUUUGAAGCCAUCGACAGUAACGACAAUAUAAGCGCUACAAUGGAUAACAUUGUAACCCAAAUGAAGGCCAGAUAUCCGAUUAAUUUUGAUAACCACUUCUCCCCCUCCCCCUCCACAUUCUAUGAACAACUAUCUGAUAAUAAUGAGUAUUAUCAGGACGACGCAAACGUAGGCUUUGCCUACAUGCACCCAUAG